AUGAUCGAAAUUGAAGCAUCUGUGAAUAGGAUUCAAUGGAACUUUAAUCCUCCUGCUUCCCCAUGGUGGGGAGGAUUUUGGGAAAGAAUGGUGCAGAUGGUUAAAAAACUUCUUCGUAGGGUUUUAGGUCAAUCAGCUUUAAAUUAUGAAGAAAUGACGAGCGUCCUUUGUGAUUGUGAGACAACAAUAAAUUCUAGACCUCUCACUUAUGUCUCAGAACAAGGGGAUGAACUCAUUCCAUUGACGCCAGCUAUGUUCUUGAAAGAAAUAGAUGAUGUCGGAGUGCCAGAUUUAGAUCAACUUGAUCAAGUAAAUUUGAAUAAAAGAUUAAGGUACCAGCAAAAUUUGCGCAAUGCUUUAAGAGAAAGAUUUAGAAGUGAGUACCUUGGGCAAUUAUUACAACGACCAUCAAAGAGUAAACCGAUUGAACCUUUGAAAGUAGGAGAUAUUGUUUUAAUCGAAACUGACGGUAAAAAAAGAACUUUAUGGCCAAUGGCUAAAAUAAUAGAUGUUUUUCCUGGUAAAGAUGGGCAAGUACGAGUGGUUCGCCUUAAAACUUCAUCCUGUGAACUCGUCAGGCCUGCGCAGAAGAUUUUCCCACUCGAAAUUUCCUCACCCACUGAACCUAAUCUAAUGAAUAAUGAAGCAUGCAAGAAUAAACCAGAGAAGGACUUGCAGGUAGUUGGAAAAACAGUAAGAACGAGAAGUGGAAGACUUAUUAAAGUGCCAAUUAAAUUUUUGAGCUGA